CUGCUUCUUCUCUAUCCCAACUAAUGGGUAAAGCCUUCAGGGGUUAGGAGCCGGUGAUCCGGCCAAGCCACUAGGAUCACGUGGUCUCGUAUAGAUUCAUAACAAAUUUGAUUGAUAACUUGAAGUAUACUGUGGCCGAUCACGUGGAAGAAGUCUCUCCUUUUCUGAUUGAGCUUCUCUGAUUGGCUGAUUAUAAAUCACCUCUGCAAUUGCCACCGCCUUCCGUUUCUGAAAUCAGGCCUUUUCAACAAUGGGUUGGCUGUACAAAACUCUCCUGCAACCCCGAAUUGACCAUCACUGCUUUGACAGCGUCACGAGCCCAUUUACUUGGAAUAUCUCACCGCUUAGCGGUAUAUUGCAGAACCCCUUGCUCCCUGAUUCGGAAGGAUUCCAGCAUCAAAUCGUAUUUGAACUCAACUGCCGCUCAAAUCUCCGGCCGCGAGCUUCGAAGCUCCUACUCAGUCGUUGCCAUCGCAAUUACAGUUGCCGCAUAUCUUUCCCUUACUUCCCUUUCGGAACGGACAAGAUAGUCAUGUCUGCAGACGUUAGCUACGCUGCAUCACGAAUCCUAGCCUCCGGCAGCGAGCGCGACCCUAGUUACAACGAUUUCUCCUUCACCCCCUUCUUACGAAGCAGCUUUGGCUUCGGACUCGCUAGCGAUGUACCCGUCUGCAAGGCCUACAGCGAAGGCCACUGCCCCUUGGGCCCAGCAUGCCCCGAUCGACAUCCUACCCCAUCUCGAGUGACAACAUCAACCACUACCGCUUCGGGGCUGGCACCGUCCACGACGCACGGGUCACUCGUUUGCAAGCAUUUUCUCAAGGGGCUGUGCAAGAAAGGCCUCAAAUGCGAAUAUCUCCAUGAAUACAACCUUCGUCGGAUGCCAGAGUGUCAAUCCUUCUCGCGGUCCGGCUACUGUCCGAAUGGCGACGACUGUCUAUACCAGCACGUGCGGGAGCAGGCCCGGUUACCACCGUGCGAACACUACGAUCGGGGAUUUUGCCCGCUGGGCCCGGUGUGUGCGAAACGUCAUGUGCGCCGCCGUCUGUGCCAGUAUUACCUGGCUGGGUUCUGUCCGGAGGGUAAGGCUUGCACUGAUGCUCAUGCCCGGUGGGUUGAGAAUCUUCCCAAGCCAUCGAUUAGGGUGGAGAAGUCGGAGGAGGAGCUAGAGCGGGAGAGGCUUUUGAUCCGCGAGGAACAGGAAAGAGAAAAGGAGCGUGAACGGGAAUGGAGGAGUGAGCGGGGACGCGGGGGUGGAUUCAUGCGUGGCCGGUUUCGAGGCCGAGGACGUGGGAUGUAAGUGGUGGAAUGUUAUGAUAGAGAAUCGGUUUGGUUUAUGUUGGAUUUAAGCUUAUUACUAGAACAUUGAGAUACCCAAGUUGAGGCAUUGACAAUUUAUUUCCUACGCGUGAUUCUGCUAUAGUAUGGUGCUAAGUGUACGUAAAAGAAGCGGCUUUAAGUAGGAGGAAUGGGUAGUAGAAACUGCCAUCCGUGGAUCAAUGUUUGUACAGCACCUAGAGCACACAGCCUAUGAGACUCCCUGUAGUAAAUAGAAAUACGACUUAAGAUUGGUACUCCAAUGGAUGACAUCAUGACAGAGCACCAUUGCAUUUCCGUAUUAGUAGUUCACAGUGCCGUUUCAAUGGGAUUAUUCACCACGCGGAAUUAGACCGCUACGGAUUGAGUCUUCUUCGUACGAGGGAAUGGAUCAUUUCAGCCUGAAUAAGAAAUCAUUCAGCAAGGCAAUAUC